UCCCACUGCUACAUGCAACCUGCAGGUGAACAAACCAGCCGCAGCUUCCAGUAUCCUCCCGACACUUUGGGUUGAUAUUGAAGGUUGGAAAAAAAACCCACAGAAGAAUCCCGAAAAAAGCGAUUUAAGUUGCCUUGAGGAUAUUUGGGACAGAAUACGGGACGCGGUCCUGCAUCGCGUCUGGAUAUGAAGCUCAAGGCUGACGAGCUGCGGGAUUGAAGAGGAAUCAGUGUGGGCGUCAGGUUAAGUAAAAGCCUGCCACUAUCAGAGGUUUGUAAACCUGACAUGUGUACACCCAGUGAGACGGUAACCUGAGAUCCCAUCCUGAGGGAACACCAGGAUGCAUCCCGCUGUGUCACACCUUCCAGGUAGGACUGAUGUUGGAGGAAGCUGCUGGAAACCUGGCUUUGUAGCCUUUCUGCUCUCACUGUGUCUUGGCGCCCUGUCCUCCGUGGCUACUUGCCCACUAUACUGCCUCUGUGCCAGUGAUAUUAUUUCCUGCAGUGGCCGCAAUCUGUCUGUUGCACGCUUUGAUUUCCCGAGCUACGCCACACGGUUAGACCUGAGCCACAAUGCCCUCACUGUCCUGCCUCUGGACUGGAUUUCCCAACCGUUUGACCGACUCUCAACUCUGGUUCUCAGCAGGAACUCCAUAAGCCAAAUCGAGACAAAUGCCUUUGCUGUGACGCCGAAUCUCCUCCAACUGGACCUCUCUUCCAACCAACUAACAGUUUUGAACUCGUCCAUCUUCACUGGGCUGACGGAACUAAGAGAACUACUGCUGUUUGGCAACAAGAUCAUCCAGAUUAACCCAGAGGCCUUCAGUGAUCUUCGCAGCCUGAAGAGGCUCUACCUCUCUGGGAACAGACUAGAGGAUUUUCCCUAUGGGCUUUAUCAGGAAUCUGGAGGGCCUCUUAACCUGACCUUUCUGGAUCUUUCAAACAACAGGCUCUCCAAGGCUCCCGUCCAGAGCCUUCUGUCUUUCAGCCGACAAAGUGGAAUUUAUUUGCAGGAAAACCCUUUUGUCUGUGAUUGCACAUUACUUGCCUUAAUUGAGUACUGGAUGUGGAAACAGUAUCGCCCCUUGUUGGAUUUCAGAGUUAAAUACCCAUGUAUGGACAAUAUUGGUCAAGGAUCUAAAUGUAGCAAGCAGGUAUCGUCCAAAAUGCCCCUAGAGGAAAAUACUUUCCAAGUAGAACCUGGAAAAUGGCUACAAGUACCAUGUCCAGGGUUGGUUUUGCCAGUCCAAGAAGGGUUGGUUGUGUUCUGGGUUACCCCAAGUAUUGUGGCGAAUUCAUCAACCAAUGAUUCAAAUGCCCGCCUAAUGGUUUUCCCCAAUGGUACCCUUGAAAUUCGAGGAGCACUGAUAGAAGAUUCUGGUACUUUUGGGUGUGUCACAGGGCGAGGGCGCAGCUACGAACCCAAUGAGUUUCCAGAAGUCAUUGUGGUGGUGGGAAACUCGAGCACGACAUCUGUGAGUGGCUUGACACAUCGCAGUGGUGCAGAGCAUUUUAAUACAGCAUUCACCACCCUGGCUUCCUGUGUGAUCAGCAUCGUACUGGUACUGCUCUACCUCUACCUCACUCCCUGUCGAUGCAGGGAUGCUCGAGGUGGGGGGUCCACGGGGUGUGGCGGACGAGCUUUCAUCCUCUGUUCAGAUCCCAGAGAGGUAGAGUCAGGAGAUCGGCGGUCAAAUGGAAAGAGGGUGGCUUUCUUAGAGCCUCAGGCAGAGGACUUGACUGACAUUGGAAGCCCAAAGCCACCAGCAUUGAACUUGGGUCAUGUUACCACUGAGGGAAUUCUUAAGAAUGGAAGUAGGACAGUGGGACAGACCCUCACAGACCCUGCUCAAAUCGCAUAGCAGGAUAUUUUUGCACUUUCCUUCACUCUUACAGUCCGAACCCAAGUAUUUUUCACUGUAGUUCUUUCGGUACACAAUGAGAAAAUCCAUUUAAUGUGAAGUAGUUCUUGUGAAGUAAUUCGUUCUCUAGGUGUUGGGUUUUGGGUGUCUUAUUUGGCAAAUGCAGUCCUUUAGUAAACUGAAUUUCAAUUUUGUCUCAACUGUAAGUGGUGUCUGUUUUUAUAUUUAGAGUUCAUAUGGAAAUGUCCCUGUUGACGUGGGAGAUUGUUACUGAUCAUAUAAAUGUGGGUGGUGUUUUGCAUUAGACUGAGAGGAAUAUCACCUGGUUAAACCACUGAUGGAGGCAUUGAUGGUUAUUAUUCAGUAUAUUUAUUGUGAAUGCUGCUAUCUGUGACUCUUGUUAUUUCAAACCAUCUGUCUUCGUAAUGUGUUGCAUAUGUUUUGCAAAAAUAUGUCUGUCCUGUGUGUGAAAUUAUCUAAACUUUAAUACUUUGUGGAUCAAGCUGUGUCUACGUAGUCAAUUAUAUACCUGCAAAAGUUUCCCUAUAAAAACCAAAGAAACAAUAUGAACUAAGACAUUGAGACAAUAUUCACUUUCCAGAAAGAUUUCAGGACUUAUGAUUAUUUAGAUAUUCAUUUAAUUCAUUUAAAUGGGCGGCAGUAGCUCAGUCUUUAGGGACUUGGGUUGGGAAUCGGAGGGUCACCGGUUCAAGUCCCGGCACGUAUCAAAUCUGGAAAUUGGCCUGGUAGCUGGAGAGUUGCCUGAGCACCGCCGAGGUGCCUCUGAGCAAGGCAACCAACCCCCCCACCAGCUCAGCCCACUGUGGGCAGCCCCCUCACUCUGAGACCCCUCCAUUAGUGCAUGUCCAUAGGAUCCUGUUCAUUUACUAGACAGAGUGUAAAAACGAAUUUCCCCUCGCGGGAUCAAUAAAUUAUAAUUAUAAAUUAAUGAACUCAAAUUUGGUUGAAUUGAAGUGUUUGAUUACUGAAAUGACAAAAAAAAGCAACAUAUUUUUCCUCAGUCUAAUAGAAUUUUCUGCAAAAAGUUGUAUUGGAUGGAUUUAAAUUUUGUCCAUGCGAGUCAAUAGAGAUAAAUAGGAUUUUGUUUUUUGUUUGCAUCAACAAUUACGUUAAAAGCUGCUUAAAUAUUUUUAAGCCCUCUGUUUGAGUUUUUUUUCUUUUAAAUAUUUUUUUAAAGUACAUCUGGAUUAUCAAUGACGACAUGAACAAAUGUUUCUGUAACAACACGUUGCUGAUCUAAUUCUUGCAUUUUCAAUACAAUGAGACAGCAUUCAAAAAGUCCAUUGGGUGGGGCGCAGUGGUUAGUGCGCACGUCCCAUGUAUGGAGGCUAUAGUCCUCAACGCGGAUGGCCCAGGUUCAAAGCCAGCCUGUGGCUCCCUUCCCGCUUGUCAAUCCCCACUAUCUCUCCCUGAUU